AUGACGCAGAAUCCCCUAACGGUGCCAUUUGCCUACCCCGACCCUAAUGGGAAUGAAUACUCCUUCGAAGAGCUCGAAGAGCGGGCACUACGCCGCUAUUGCUUUUGGGACGCGCCUAACACUGUCGAAUGGUUCCAACAACGUGGAUACACGCUUUACGCGAGAUUCAACAUGGAUCCAAAAGACCAAACCAAACCCGACCCAUCGUGCACGGCACCUCGACUGCCAAGUAGGCAUGAGAGCAAUGGUCAAUAUCCCUAUGCAUUUUACGACGACUUUAAGAUGGAGGAGGACGAGCCUGAUUUGGCUGCCAUCGAGGAAUCGGGCUCCCUAGUGUUCGCUCAAGAUCAACAAGGCCACCACGUCGCAAUAAAGCUGGUCCCGAAUGACUCGGAUGAGAUUCGAAUUUACGAGCUCAUCCACGCUCGGGACCAUGAGACACUGAAAGAACAGUGUACACUGCCUGUUCUGGACAUUCUUUCCUCAACGACCCACAGCUUUGUAGUGAUGCCUCGCUGGGGCGCUCACCCCAUUGACCCAGCCCUUGCUUCAUUGUCGGAGCUUGUUGUGUUUAUCCGCUGUCUUCUCAAGGGCCUGGUAUUUCUUCAUAAGAAUAAUAUUGUUCACAGGGACAUUUCAUUCCGAAACAUUGUCAUGAAUCACUUCUCAAGCCACACAAGCAUGUACGCAAACGAGGCGCGAAGGAAACUCCGAAGGGACCAAAUGGCUUCUUAUGCCUUUAUAGAUUACAAUAUUUCCGUCAUAGCACCUGAUGGAGUCGAACGGUCAAAAUUCCGGCUACCUGCUGAAUUGUCGAGGGAUAGUUCAGAUGGGGUCCCUGACACUGAGCAGGGUGAGCUGGACUAUGAUCCAUUUGCAUACGACGUAGGCACCCUAGGAGCUAUGCUAUCCACUCAAUACCAGUACUUCUGCGGGGACCUGCCGCUGCUAGCUCCGCUGUUUGACUCGAUGACGACUAGGGACGUCUCCCGAAGGUUUACUGCAGCCCAAGCGCUUGAAUUCUUCGAAGCGGAGGUCUCUUUGCUGGACAAGGACGCUCUGUCGAAGCGUAUCCGUAUGCCCGAUUACAGAAAGCACCACGAGGUGUAUGAUCGGUGGAAAGACAUCCCUGAGCCUCUGGCUAUCAAGUGGAGGGGGAAUCGGUGCGCAGAAAUUACCCGCUGGACUCAUUUCUUGAGGUGGAUGUGUGCGGGGAACGGAAGAGGACAGAAGUUCGUCAUGACAAUACGUAGGGCAGUUCGGCUUGUGUCCUGGCUCUUUGGAGCCAAAUAA